AUGUCCCAACCAACUCUAGUAACCUCACCUCCUCGAUGCGUCAAUUUUCGGCUUACAUACCCAGCACCGUAUGUUCUUCUUGUCACCUUCGAGCGUGAAAAGGCCAUGAACAGCCUUACAUUUGCCAUGCACUGGGCACUGGCAGCCGUGUGGGACUGGUUUGAUAGCGAGCCUGAUCUGCGAGUUGCUGUCGUUACAGGCCAGGGCACAAAGUCAUUCUGUGCUGGCCAAGAUCUGUUGGAACUGCGCGGGAGAGGGACAGGUGACGACCCUAAGCAAUAUAUCUACCCAAAAGGUGGAUUUGCAGGCAUUAGCCGCAGGUCGGGGAAGAAGCCAAUUAUCGCGGCUGUAAAUGGUUAUGCGCUUGGUGGAGGGUUCGAGAUGGUGCUUAAUUGUGACAUGGUCGUCGCGUCACCAACUGCUUGUUUCGGUUUGCCUGAAGCUCUCCGUGGUCUAUACGCGGCUGCCGGCGGCCUGCCGCGGCUCAUGCACAUAGUCGGGCCGUUCAUCGCAACGGAAGUUGCUUUGACAGGCCUUCGCCUGUCUGCUCAGGAAGCUCUAGUCCAUAAACUUGCUAAUAGGGUUAGCAAGACAAAUGAGUCAUGCGUUGAUGAGGCAAUUGAGCUAGCACAAAAGUGUGCUGAAGUUAGCCCGGACGCAACUUUUGUUAGCAGAGUCGCGUUGAGAGAGGCAUGGGAAACAGGAAGUGUGGAGAGAGGUGUUGAGUUGGUGGAGGGCAGAUAUCGGAAGCGAUUGCAUGAGGGAGAGAACAGCCGGGAAGGACUGAGGGCAUUUGCGGAGAAAAGAAAGCCUAACUGGGUAGCUAGUAAUCUUUAG